GUUGUGUUUGAUAAGCAAAAAAGCUGCCCUGUUGUGUAUAUUGUUUGGUUGGAGAGAAAAUAAAAAAGGAAAAGGGAAGAAAGAAUGAAGAUAACAGUUGGUGAAGUUAUUCCGUCCACUUCUGUUGCUACCGCCGCUGCUGCUUCUGGUUUUAGACAACACCACCACCACCACCACCACCACUUCCAUUUCUCCUCUUCCUCUGCCCUUUUUAACAGAUGCUCUUCAUUUGGCUUGCCAAGGCAAAGAAUUGGAACGAGUAAGUUCCGAGAUAGAGGGUUUACUGUGCGAGCAUCCGGGGAUGCUUUGGAUCCUGUUCCUCCUCUUCAGUUUGAGUCCCCAGUUGGUCAGCUUUUGGCACAGAUAUUGCAAACACAUCCCCAUCUUCUCCCUUCAGCUAUCGAUCAGCAGCUUGACAAUCUUCAAACUGACCAGAUGGAGGAAUCUCAAGAUCCCCUUUACAAGAGAAUAGCUGAAGUCAAGAAGAAGGAAAGGCGGAAGACACUGGAGGAGAUCAUUUACUCAUUGAUAGUGCAGAAAUUUUCAGAUAAAGCCAUUUUAAUGAUCCCUAAAAUAUCUGCAACCUCAGACCCAACUGGACGAAUAGAUUUCUGGCCAAACCAGGAACAAAAACUAGAAUCUGUUCAUUCCCCUGAAGCUUUUGAAAUGAUUCAGAGCCACUUAGCUCUCGUACUGGGAGAUCGAGGAGUGGGACCCCUUGAGACCAUUGUUCAGAUUAGCAAAAUAAAACUCGGAAAGCUGUAUGCUGCUUCUAUAAUGUAUGGAUAUUUCCUGAGAAGAGUUGAUCAGCGGUAUCAACUUGAUCGAAGCAUGAAUAGCUUACCGAAGGAUUAUGAUGAAAACAGGGCAAAUCCGAUGAGGCAGCUUUGGGAUCCUGAAUCCUUGAUAGUUAUUCAACCUGAAGACGGAGGUGAAGGAAAACCAUAUAGACUGAGGUCAUAUGUGAUGUAUUUGGAUGCCGAAACUCUUCAAAAUUACGCGACGAUAAGAUCCAAGGAAGCUAUGUCUUUGAUUGAAAAGCAAACUCAAGCUUUAUUUGGGAGGCCUGACAUAAGGGUUUCGGAGGAUGGUUCCGUAGAUACUGCGAAUGAUGAAGUGCUGUCCAUCACUUUCUCAGGAUUGACUAUGUUGGUAUUGGAAGCAGUAGCAUUUGGAUCAUUCUUAUGGGAUGCAGAAACCUAUGUUGAAUCCAAAUACCAUUUUGUUAACACCUAAAAUUAUUAUUUUUCGCAGUCUGAGUCUGUAAUUAUAGUGCGCUAGCUUUGCCUUCUGUUCUGGCUGCUAAAAUGUUAAAUAUUUAGUUAGACAGAUAGGUGGGGGCAUGAAUCUGAUGUCGUAAAUACGAAAAUUCUUAUUAGAUUAUGCACACAAGGCUUAUCAUUCAAUUGAAACAUUACAGUAUUUCCUUGCGACCUUA